UUUUAAUCCAACAACUCACUUUUGCUCCCUUCAAAGAAAUCCCAUCUUCGUUAAUAUCUCCAAAUUCCUUCGUUAUAUUUAGCGAUGGCUCCAAAGGCCGAGAAGAAGCCCGCCGAGAAGAAGCCAGCGGCGGAGGAGAAGAAGGCCGAGAAAGCUCCGGCGGAGAAGAAGCCAAGAGCCGAGAAGAAGCUUCCCAAAGACGCUUCCGAUAAGAAAAAAAAGAGAGCCAAGAAGAGCAUUGAGACUUACAAGAUCUACAUCUUCAAAGUUCUCAAGCAAGUUCAUCCUGAUAUCGGAAUCUCCAGUAAAGCCAUGGGGAUUAUGAACAGCUUCAUCAACGACAUUUUCGAGAAGCUCGCUCAGGAAUCCUCAAAGCUUGCUCGCUACAACAAGAAGCCGACUAUCACCUCUCGGGAGAUCCAAACGGCGGUGCGCCUUGUUCUUCCUGACUCCCCGACGACUUUGAUAUGCCUGAGUUCUCAUCAGUUACGAAUCAGUGGGAUCUAUUGUAUGAUUACAAUACACUAAUGGAGAAUGUAUCAGAUCUUUCCUACAGAUUUUGCUCCUCACCAAGGUUACAGGGAGGCGGGACUGGGCAAAUUCAUUACCUUUCAAGUUGGAUUCUAAUGGUCCCUGAGGAUUAUCUGGAGCAAAUAAGGGUAACCCAAGGAUUAGUGCCAAGUUUAUUGCUCCUUGUUACUAUAUCAACAAGUAAGGAUUUCACUCUUUUUCUCCUGUGUUCACAUUUGAAUAAUGCAUAGCUUUAGAUUGUUGAAACCAUCCCUUACAUCUCUGAUAUUAUAUAUCAAUAGAUAUGCUUAUGCAAUUAUGAUGAUUAAGUACCUCGUGCAUUAAGCGGAACAUGUGUGGUAGCUUAGUAUAAUGGCUGACAGAGUGAUAGUUUAUUGAGAGUGAGCUAUCUCUCUCAAUUCUAUCCCAAAUUUGGCCUGCCUUCUCUUGCAUCUCUGUCUUCUUUUUAAACAUCUUACUACUAACAAGUUAACUAAUUCACUUGCUCUUCCCAACCAUAUGCAUAAAAAAGUUAUUCUCAAUGAUUAUUCUACCCUUUGAUCCUAACGUAUGUCCAAGUGGCAUGGGCAUAAGCUUCAUUCGGUAUCAAGUGUCAGUUUGUGUUAUACAUGUAAGGAAAAGAAAAAAAAAUCAUUUCACUCUUUCUUUUUGGAAACAUUCCUGGAUGCAAAUUAUAACAAUGUUAGUCUGAGGAGGCAAGUAUUAUUCUUAAGAAAUUUUUAAUAUUUGAAGCAAAGUAUUUCUUUUGAUAAUGUAGAUGUGGUAGUUAAUAACAAGUGACCAUAGGGACCCAAGCACAUGAUACUUGAAACUUGAGUGUAUUAGACCUCUUUAGCGUUUCUGAAUUUUUAUAAUAUUUCCACUAUGAGAAAGAUAGUAUGUGUCAUUUGAAAUUAAAGCUCUAGGAAACGGAAGGCAAAAAGAAAUCAGAAAACUUUGGUAGGAAUUGUAACGUUGAUGUUAGGAAAAUUGCCAGUGCAUUUGCUGUGCAUCUUUGAUAAAAGGAAUGUGUCAUCAGUUGUGGAGGUGAGAGAAUAUUGAGAGGGCAGUAAAUAAACCGCUCCAAGUUAGGUGAAAUGAGCAUGGGGUAGGAAAUGAAUAACGGAGUAGUCUCGAAUAAGUGUUCCAAGCAGUACACCAGAUUAUUAAUUGCCAAAGUAGGUUUGGACUGGGUGAGCUUUUAGGAAUUUAUAUCCUCUUUCCAUUUUACGCAUUCAAGAAAGAAGGCAAGUCAAGGCUGACAGUUAGAGAAUUGAAUAGUAAGAACUAACUGAAGCUUCUUUAGUUUUGUAAAAAUACCAGACACCUCAAAAGUUAAAAAAUUCUUGGAGCUUUCCUCAAAAAAAAAAAAAAAAUAAAAAUAAAUAAAAAAAAAAAAAUAAAAAAAAAAAAAAAAA